AUGGCACAGGAAAAUACUGCACUGGUGUCAUUGAGUGGAAGAGACACUUUCCACAAUGGAAAAUCCAAAUGUUCGACGGUAUGGUUUGUGAUAUUUCCAUGGAUCAUUCCUGUAACGAUUAUAGUCAUUUUCUCGUUGAUUGUGAUCAGUAUUCUGCUGGUAGUUCGAGUAUCGCAAUCUCCUUCUCAUCGCAUCGAUUGUUAUCCUGACGCUGUUUCCACGUUUUCGAACUAUUCGAAAGAAGCAUGUCUUAAACGUAAUUGUCUUUUCGAUGAAAAAGCAACGAUGAAUACUAUCCAGUGUUAUCUAAAGCCGAAUUGCGGAUACAGACUUUUGAGUAAAAAACAGACCGGAGCUGGUUUACGAUUAAAGUUGACACGAAAUUCAGCUAUUGAAAGUUUAUUUUCUGAACCGAUUGAUAAUGUUAUUCUCGAUGUUGAAUACUACACGAAUGACAUACUUCGCUUCAAACUCUAUGAUCAAAAUAAACCAAGAUAUGAGGUGCCAAUACCUUUGAGUGUUCCACUCGACCACGUAUCAUCACCUCAGUAUGAAUUUCGUUAUUCGUCGAAUACUCUACCUGACAAUUUAUUUUCAUUUAUGAUCAAACGCCGUUCAACUCAAACAAUCCUAUUCGAUACGUCUCUCGGUGGUCUCGUACUCAAUAACCAAUUCCUUCAAAUCGUCACACGACUCCAUUCUUCUCAUAUCUACGGAUUCGGUGAAAAUAAUCAUGAUAUACUCAAACAUAACGUAUACGAACGGAAAACAUGGGGGAUUUUUGCGCGAGAUCAAGGCACCAAUUGGGGAUCGAACACAAACCAUUACAGUGCGCAUCCAUUCUACGUUGUUAUGGAACAAACCUCGAAGUCUGACGAACGACCAUCGGGUAAUAUGCAUGGCGUUCUGCUACUCAAUUCCAAUGCUAUGGAUUAUUCAUUCGAUUCAAUACCAUCGUUAACAGUACGUACAAUCGGCGGUAUACUUGAUUUUUUCGUUUUUCUCGGUCCUUCACCUGAACAAGUUAUUCAACAGUAUACAUGGCUCAUUGGACGACCCCUUCUGCCACCAUACUGGUCACUCGGGUUUCAACUCUCUCGUUGGGGUUAUUCUAAUCUCACGCAUAUGCAAACAGUUCUCGAACGAAAUCGCAAUGCUAAUGUUCCAUUCGAUGUGCAAUAUGCUGAUAUUGAUUAUAUGGAUGCGCGCAAAGAUUUCACAAUUGAUCCAGUUAAUUUUCGAGGAUUAAAUGAAUAUUUCUUGAAGUUAAAUCGAGAUGGAAUAAGAACAAUGAUUAUUCUCGAUCCGACGAUGAUCGACGAUACGAAAACGUAUGCACCAACUGUAGAAGGUAUUCAGGAAGACGUAUUUAUCCGAUCCGAUCAAACGAACACGUUGAUGAAAGGUGCCUGUUGGCCAGGUAAUGUCUUCAUUCCAGACUUUUUUACGAAUCGGACACAAAUGUGGUGGACUCGGUGGAUACAGAAUUUUCGUCAAAAGAAUUUAACGUUCGAUGGGCUGUGGAUCGAUAUGAAUGAACCUGCACUAUUCGAUACAAAUGAGUUGAUUCCAUGGAAUUCAUUAGAAACUGGUAGCAAUCAUACAUUGAAAUGUACUCAGAAUUCAUUCGAUGAUCCACCUUACCGCACGAAAGCGGUUUUUCGAUUUGAUCAAAAUGCGAAUCGAUCCGCGCGUUUGUCUGAUCAUACGUUAUGCAUGUCUGUUCGACAAGGUGAACUUAAUAAAUAUCGUCACUACGAUGUUCACAAUCUCUAUGGCUGGAGUGAAACUAGAGCAACAUGGAAUGCAUUGCGGUCGACGAUAGAAAAACGUAGUCUGAUUCUUUCGCGUUCAACGUUUGUGGGAUCUGGUCAGUGGAGUAGUCAUUGGUUUGGUGACAACUCUGCGACAUGGCACGAAAUGAAACGAUCCUUGAUAUCAAUGGUGGAAUUCAAUUGGUUCGGUAUUCCAUUGAAUGGUGCAGACAUUUGCGGAUUCAAUGAAAUUCCUACCGAAGAAAUGUGCAUUAGGUAUUGCAUUGUCGAAUUGCUCAAUAAGUUCCAUACAUUUUUUCUUCUAGAUGGAUACAACUCGGUGCUUUCUAUCCGUUUUCACGAAUCCAUAGUAGCAACAAACAAUUCGAACAAGAUCCUGCUUCUUGGUCUCAACCUGCUAUGGAUACAACUCGGUGCUUUCUAUCCGUUUUCACGAAUCCAUAGUAGCAACAAACAAUUCGAACAAGAUCCUGCUUCUUGGUCUCAACCUGCUGUUUCUAUUAUGAUUUCUGUUCUUCGCAUUCGUUAUAACCUUCUACCAUACUAUUAUACAUUAUUCUAUAAAGCACAUACACAAGGUUCGACAAUUAUUCGCCCGUUAUUUCAUGAAUAUCCUACUGAUAAAACAGCACUGGAUAUUUAUCUCCAGUUUCUCAUUGGAUCACAUAUUAUGAUAGUUCCAGUGACUGACAAAGGAGCACGACAAGUUCGCGCGUAUAUUCCGUCAUCGCAUUGGUACGAUUAUUAUACCGGUGCACUGAUUCAAGCGAAACAACAGUUUAUAACUCUAGACGCACCAUUAGAAACCAUUCCAAUUUUGUUGCGAGGUGGAACCAUCGUGCCGACACAAGGAUAUGCUUCGAAUACGAAAAUAUCAAGGACUAAACCAUUCGAAUUAAUCAUCGUACUGAACGCGAACGGAGAAGCAGAAGGUGAUCUUUUCUACGAUGAUGGCGAAUCUUUAAGUACGAUCGACUCUCGAAAAUAUUACUAUGCAAUAUUCAAAUGGUCAUCAGCAAAUCGUUUGUUUUCGAUGGAUAUCAUUGCCAAUAACUACACGUCUAUGUCUACAUUGAUAUUAGGUUCAUUAGUUAUCUACGGCUGGAAUGAAAUACCGACUAAACUGAUCGUAGAUAAUCAGAACACAUACUCAGUGACUAAAUCAUUUAGACAAUUUAUUCGUAUUGAAACUUUGUCAUUACCGAUGGCGGAAAGCCACAGAAUUACAUGGGAGAAAAGGUUGUAA